CCCCACCUCCACUCACCUCGUUAUCCAUUACCAUCUUCCUCCCACUCAACACAAUGUUCGCUCUUCCCGUCUUCACUGUCAUCGCCGCUCUCGCAGGCUACGCUGCUGCCGAGUCCCACCAAGUCACCAUGACCAACAAGUGUGGCUCUGGAAGCCCAGUCUUCCUUUAUGAAGCCGAUGGCAACCCUCAAGGUCCAGCUACUGUCAACGGACAGCUCCUCGGCGGUGUCGCCUGGCUCGACGGGUUCUCCGGUGCUGACUGCCUGAACUCUGGCGUCAACUGCGGUAUCGUCGAGUUCACUCUGAGGAACGAUGCGCCAAACCAAAACGCCGCAGAUUUCUCGUUCCAAACGCAGGGCAACCACCAAUACGUGUACAACAUGGCAUUCAACUAUUUCGGCGCAUGCACUGAGAGCGCGACUUGCACGUCCGCUACCUGCCCUGGUGCCUUCACGGGUUCGAACACUGAGGAUGGCGCACCCGUUCAAUGCAUUGGUAGCGACGUCGGAAUCAACAUCGUUUUCUGCCCCUGAGGAUUUGAGGUGCUGAGAGGCUAGCCCGCCAACAACAACGAUAUUAUUGAUGGAUUCGGGCUUGGGUGUAUAUAUAUCGAUAUUUAUGAACUACUGUAAUACACGGGUGGCUCUGCCUACUCAAGUUUGGGAACCUCUUUGCUGAAUGCUCUACCCAUCGUGUGUCUGAUUGACACAUUCGC